AUAUAAAAGUUUGUGAUUCAGUUUUCCCUAAACAUCCCAAACCCAGAAACUACAAUGAGAAACUGUAAAAUGGGUCGAUUUCCGCCAUGGUCAGACCUUCCUCAAGAACUCUUAUCCACCAUAGCCGAAUUCCUAACCUCAAACCCAAUCGACCUCCUAAGUUUCCGCAGUGUUUGCAAAUCAUGGUCACUUUCUCUCCCCUCCCAACCUUGGAUUCUCUCUCCUCCGCUGCCUAUCAACACUCCUCCGCCGCCGCACUCUAUUCAUUCCCGCUACUCAUUUCCUUUAUCCUACGGUGGCUCUAUCAAAAGGCCAGACGCCACCGUUUUAUCCGUCACCGUCAUCUACGUUCUUCGUCCUCCAAUAGAACAGCUUCUACCUUCAUGGAUGCCUAAGGUUUGCUUUCUCUUUCUAGAUCAAGCUAGUCCUGGUAAGUUCAGUAUUCGCAAACCCUUUUCUCAAUUUCCUUAUUCUAUGCCGAUUAAUUUUCCUGGUUACCUAACUUUUCUGGGCUUUCGCGCUUCUGAAUUGGGUCGAAUUUAUAAUAUUAGUUAUCUUUCUAAUUCAAAUGGUAAGCUUACUAAACCAAGUAGUUUUGGGGUGGUUCAUAAGGUCGUUGUGUUCUCUAAUGAUUAUGGGUUAACUGUUGUUGCCCUCUCCGAUGAGGGGAAAUUGGGGAUGCUUAAGUUAGGUUUAAGGGAUAAUUAUGAUAAUUUGGUUACAGAACUAAAAUGGGAGAUUGUACAUGAUGGUAAAGGCUUUCGAUUCGAUGACAUUGUUGAUUUUAAGGGGAGGCUUUUAGGUAUUGAUCGAAGGGGACGAGUGUAUGAGAUUGAGAUAGGUUGUGCUUCCCCUGCUAAAAUGAAUGCCAUUGUAAUUCCUAUUACUGGUGGAGGUGGAAGAAGGAAGCGGUUAGUGGAAUCGUUAGGGCGGUUGCAUUUAGUGGUUCGAUGUAAUGUUGUUGCAGAGACUGAUUCCUUGUUUAAGGUUUAUGUUACCAAUGAGGGUACCAAGAGAUGGGUUGAGGUUCAUAGUCUUUGUGAUGAGACUUUUUUCUUUGGUGUUGGAUUUUCUUUGUCCGUUGCGGCGGAGAAACUCCAUGGUUCUUGUGGGAAGAAUUGCAUCCUUUUUAAAGAACAUAGUUUUCUGAACUAUAGUGGAUAUGAUGAUGAUUCUGCACUGUUUAAGAAAGUAGAAUCCGUUAAUCUUAAUGUUGGAGUAUGGAAGAUGGAAGAUGCUUCUCAUCUCGGUUUAAUUGGAUCACACUGUGGAUAUUCCGCUUUAUUGUGGCCGCCCCCAUCUUGGAUUUGGCCGAAAGACAGGUCUGAGCGUCUUGCAGCCCUCAUAGUUACACUUGAUCAGUUUCAGUCAAGAAUUCUAGAUCAAGAUAAGCCCAAGUUCAAAGAGCUCUCUUUGCUGCAACAAGUGGAUGCACUUAAACUUAUAACUGAAGUGCUUAAACUUAAGACGGAGAUUUUUAGGUUGACGAAACUCCUAACUCAAUUCAAUCAAUUCAGAGAUAUGAAGCGACUCAGUGAUUCCGUUAAUGAGCAAGAUCAAGUAGGAACGUCCUCGCUUGGAACUGAAGAAAGCCGUGAGUCUGUUAAUGUUGAUUCUGAUUGGUUAUUUAUGGAGACAAAUAUAAAUACCUGUGUCCUUCAAGAUGAAGAAAAGACCAGCAGUAUGGAGACAAAACUCAAACAGCAUAAAUUUUGCGUGGUUGUCGAAUAGAGCAUUACUGGUUUCACCAUUUACGGAUUAGUCGGAUUCUCCAAGAUUUACUUAAUUUUUAUGUUUGAUGGAGCUUAAUAACUAGACAUUCAUUCUAUUACGUGCUAUGUACAAAAUAAAUAAAUAAAACAAGUAUAACUCAAAAAAUCAUAAAAUAAAUCUACGUUCUUUGUGUUGA